AAAGGUAUAUUUCGCAAAAUGUCUGAAAGGCACUGUUUAACUAUUGGUACAGAUAACGAUAACACUUCCAUACUGAUGAUAAAGGCUAACGAGAAAGCCUAUGGGGCCAGAUUUGGGUUACACAUAAGCUUAAGCUUUGGUAAACAGGAGUGCUCAGAAAAGAGAGCUUCUGAGGGUACAAAUCAUUGGACGCGAGAUACAGGGGCAGCGACAAGGUCGGUGUUUAACAAGCCCUGCCCACUCCUUGAAGUAUCCAUCACACAGAACAACCUGUCUCAAAGACUGUUCUGUUCGACAAGCCGACUGGUUGGUUGGAUAGGUGGAAAUUUGGCAGGUUGGCAAAUGGGUUGGUUUGCCGGUUGGGUGGGUCGUAGGCUCAUUUGUCGAAUGCUGUUUGUCUGGAUUUUUGGUUGGCUGUUUGGCGGGUGGGCAAGCUGGAAAAAUGGGUUAUCGGUUAGUUGGAUGAUUGAUAGUCUGGCUUGUUGGCUGGUUGCCUGGAUGCAUAAAUGGCUGAAUAUUUCGCUAGCAAUUGGGUUGGAGUGCUGA